GGGCGAGCGACCUUCCACAGCCGCGGAGGACGGCGAGGCGGAGUUCCCUGUCUCCAGUCGCCUGGAGUGGUGGCGCCGUGACCCGGGGUCAGAAGGAUCCUCUACGCGAAAGGCGCAUUCAGGGAGACUUUUGGCGGGGCGGGGGCGGGGAGUGCCGCGGAGCUGCUCUGCAGGUACCCGCGGCGGGCUUUCCGGGUCGGAGGUUCCCGUUGACUGCGGCCCGGGAACGACGUGUGCAAGCCCGGAGUUCGCUGGUGACCCCCGGGCCGAGUCAGUCUGCGCCCCAUCGAGCCUUCACUUUAUUCUUGUGGCGAGAGCGGUGGAGCGGCGCGGGGAGGGGAGAGGGCACUGCCACUUUAAAAGUGGGGAAGUCCGCCCUCCUGAGGUAAUGGUAACCUCAGCCUCCUCCCCUCCUCCUGCCCGGGAGAGAGGGAGCGAGAGAGAAAACUUGUUUUCAUUCAUAACUUUUUCCUUUUCCUUCCUCUCCGUCAACUAUUUAUUCCUCGCUCGUCUGCGCGCGGAUCGCAGAGGGCGCAGCUCUGCCGUGGUAACUGGCAAUGUGGCGACGCCGUUCUGCCGCCCCUGCCCCCGACUCGCGGCUCCCCGGCUCUUUAGGAAGCCGUCUUUUCCUUUAAAGUGUAGACAGAUUUUUAUUUAUAACCCUCCCUGCCAUGGGCUUGCUUUUUGGCGCCCGCUUUCGCCGUGAAGGCUCUUCCUGAUGUGUAAGCAUCCUUGGUGGGAUACGCCAAAAGGUUUUGGAAAUCCGCGGUGAUCCUUAGGCUGUGAUGGGAUUGUUCGAAAAGGAUUUCAGAUGCAUGCCAGGUUUCCACUGAUUGCCAGAAUUCAAGAUCACUACACAUGGAUCCCCAAAAUCACCAUGGCAGUGGCAGUUCAUUAGUUGUGAUCCAGCAGCCUGCUUUGGAUAGCCGUCAGAGGUUAGACUAUGAGAGAGAGAUUCAGCCUGCUGCUAUUUUGUCCUUAGACCAGAUAAAGGCCAUCAGAGGCAGCAAUGAGUACACAGAAGGGCCGUCCGCGGUGAGAAGACCUGCUCCUCGAACAGCACCAAGACAAGAAAAGCAUGAAAGGACUCAUGAAAUCAUACCAAUUAAUGUGAAUAAUAACUAUGAGCAUAGACCUACCAGCCACCUGGGACAUGCAGGACUCUCAAAUAAUGCCAGAGGCCCCAUAUUGAGCAGAUCGACCAGCACUGGAAGUGCAGCCAGUUCUGGGAGCAACAGCAGUGCCUCUUCUGAGCAGGGCCUGCUGGGACGGUCACCACCAACCAGGCCCAUCCCUGGCCAUAGGGUGGAAAGGGCAAUCCGGACCCAGCCCAAGCAGCUGAUUGUGGAUGACUUAAAGGGUUCCUUGAAGGAGGACCUGACACAGCACAAGUUCAUUUGUGAACAGUGUGGGAAGUGCAAGUGUGGAGAAUGCACAGCUCCCAGGACCCUGCCCUCCUGUUUGGCCUGUAACCGGCAGUGCCUUUGCUCUGCUGAGAGCAUGGUGGAAUAUGGCACCUGCAUGUGCUUAGUCAAGGGCAUCUUCUACCACUGCUCCAAUGAUGAUGAAGGGGAUUCUUACUCGGAUAAUCCUUGCUCCUGUUCACAGUCACACUGCUGCUCUAGGUACCUGUGUAUGGGAGCCAUGUCUCUCUUUUUACCUUGCUUACUCUGUUAUCCUCCUGCUAAGGGAUGCCUGAAGCUGUGCAGGGGGUGUUAUGACUGGAUUCAUCGCCCAGGGUGCAGAUGUAAGAACUCCAACACUGUCUAUUGUAAGCUGGAGAGCUGCCCCUCCCGGGGUCAGGGCAAACCGUCAUGAUUUUUGGAGGUGGGUUGGACCUCCUGAACUUCUAGCUUUCAAGCUGUGGCUGUUAAAAAAAGAUCCCAUUAGAUACUGGUUUUAUUUUCGUUACAGUUUUUCCCUGUUUCCCACCUUCUCUCCCCCUCUUCCCAAGGUCUGACUCAUGGAUUUUACUCUUCUCUAAUGGAUGAUCUUCAGUAAGAGUGAACUGUGAAACUGCACCUGGCUCCCCCUUGUGACACGAGCCUCUGCCAUCCACUCGAGAGGGUAUUGAGCCCGUGGGCUUUUGUGUAGCCUUUUUGUUCUGCAAGCAACUUUCCAAAGUUGUACACGUGAACAUAUCCACACACACACCCAGACUACAGUGAUUUAGAGCUGUUUUUGAUUGGGUACUCUGGGAGCAGGGAAAUUGGUUUAAAGAAGCAACUGUCUAAUUGCUUAAAUAAGCUAUGUAUUAAAUCUAUCUCCAGUUAGGGCUGUCUUCAUCGAAUUGGACCCUUGAAGAGCUUGGGGCGGGUUGUUUUUGUUAAAAACAUUAAAACUCUCCUUUAACCACUACCUUUUCCUUCUCACCCCUCAGCGUUCUCUCCCCUCAGUUUUGGCAUUAUGUUAUUCUAGAGAUGCCAGGGUUGUUUUGUUCUGUGCAAUUUUAGAUUCGCCUUACAGUGUAAGUCUUCAAAUUGGAGAUAUAUUGGUUGUAUCUUGCUCAUCCUUAUUCAGGCUUCCAUAUUUGUGAAGGACUCGACUACCUUCCUUCUGUACCCCAUGCUUUUCACCAAAUUUCUCCUGUCGUUGAGGGCACUUGGAUAACUGAAGUUGAUAUUUAUAGCUGAUCAAUCUAGAGGUGUCACAGAACUAUGCUGCCUAAAGUGAUCUUGGCUCCUUAAUGGCUUUUGGCCCCUGGGUUAGUUAACAGCUGAGUAAUUCUAAUCUUGUCUGUGUUUUCAUUGCCUUAACCACAAAUUGUGGUGCUUUUUGUAUAUUUUAUGUAUAAAUCACAAAGUUGAAUUUUGACUAUUUUUAAGACAAAAGUCUGUUAAACUUUUUUAUUGUAAAGAAUAUUUAUUAUGCGAAUCUCUAUUAUUUUAUGAUAUUUAUUGCAAAAGACUGUUGAAAUGUACUCAUGUCUGAAUAUAACAAAAUAUCAAUACGUAACGGAAAAUAAGGUGACACGAGGAAAGUACAUAUGUUAACUAUAAUGCAGAAAAUAUAUUAAUUAAUGAAACUGUC